CAUGAUUGAGUAUGGGGCGUAACUUGGGCUGAGAAGGUUGGGAGUAAACGGCAGGAGGGGUUUUGUCUUAAAAACUCGGAGUAAUGCCUUUCAGACAAUAAAUACUUCAUCUUUUGCCCUCAUCCUAAACAAAUUCCCAUCGAGACACCAUACCAACACACAUCUUCAUACCUUACCUUGCAACAACUGAACCUUUAAAAAAAAUUACAUCCACAUUACUUGAAGAUGGAUUCUAGCAACAACCAAGACCAGAAGACCCAGGUGGUUCCCAACCCUGACCAGGGCAACCAGGGUUCCGUGACGGACAAGAUCAAGGCCGCCAUCCAGCCCCACUCGGCACACCCGGGUCCGGCCAUUCCGCAGGACUUCAAUGUCACCGAGGAGGGUACCAAGGAGGAGCGCCGUGCCAAGGCUCAAGAACUGAACAAGUAAAUAGAGAUGUUGUAAUGCAAAGAGAAGUCGGAUUACGCAUGUUAUCGGACAUGUCGUUGAAGGGUCUUUGAGCUGUAGUCAAAGAUCGGGGGAGGAUUGAACGCUGCAACUUAUCACUUAAUUAAUUGACAAUCUUG